AUGGAUGGAAUAGAAAAAUCACAUUUAAUAGGCGCUAUAAAUGAAGCACUAAAAAAUUCUUCCAUGCCAAAUCGAUCUCCUCUACUUGUGCUUGCACCAACCAGAGUUGCUGCCUUCAAUAUAGGAGCAUCAACCAUUCAUUCAAGACUAAGAAUACCCACAAGAGAUUUUACAGAUCUUCAGGGAACAAGACUAACUACCUUCCAAGAAGAGAUGGCACAUGUCACAUAUAUCUUGAUCGAUGAAAUGAGUUUUAUUGGCGAAAGGUUAUUGGAGAACAUAGAUGCACGUCUACACCAAGCUUUUCCUUCUAAUGCUAAUAAAAAUUUUGCAGUUGGUGAUCUUGGACAAUUACCUCCGGUCAACGAUAGGCUGCCAUAUAAUAGCAGAAGACGGGAAAAACUUUUGUGGGAACAAUUUACAACUAUUAUUACUUUGGAUCAUAUCUAUCGACAAGAAGGCCAAGGUAGUGACCAAGAACGGUUUCGACAACUGUUAAUGAACAUAAGAGAUGCAAAACCAACAUUGGAUGAUUGGAUAUUACUAAUGAAAAGCUUUGCAUCAAAAGUACGAAAUGUUACUACUAACCAAAGUGGAAUGGAUGAUGAACUUGAUGUAGAAUUAUUAUUAUCCAAAAAUGCUAGAGUAAUGUUGACAUCAAAUCUAUGGAUAGAAGCAGAACUUGUCAAUGGAGCUUUAGGAAAUAUUAGAAAAAUUGUUUAUAAACCAGGAAAUGCACCACCUCAACCACCAGCAUACGUGUUAGUUGAAUUUGACAAUUACUCUGGACUACCAUUUGAUGAUCAUCAUCCAUCCUCAAUUCUAGUUCCAGCAAUUGAAAGAGGUGGUUCUUCUCAAAUACCAUUACGCUUGGCAUGGGCACUAAUGAUACACAAAUCUCAAGGGCUCACUCUUCAAAAGGCUACCAUCGAUAUAGGGCCAACUGAAAGAAACGAUCUCAUGUUCGUGGCAAUCUCUCAUGUGAAAAGCUUAUAG